GGGCUGUACGCGCCUUACACGCGAUUCGGCACUCAGGAUCGCCAGACGUCUCGGUCCGAGAUAAUAAAUGAAUCACGCAAAAUUUUGCCUAUGUUUUGUGCUUGUGGUGUUAACAGUGAAUCAAAUAAAAUGUAGAGGUGGGCACGAAGGUCAUGGCGGGGGUCAUGGUCAUAGCAGUCACGGUCACAGCAGUCAUUCAAGUCAUGGAAGCCAUACUAGCCACGGAGGAGGAUGGUUAUCUGGGUUGUUCUCAGGAGGCUCCAAAAGCUCAGGAAGCAGCAGUCACAGUUACCCGCUCUCUACAGGAUAUUCCGGUCACGGAUCGGGUGGAUCACAUACUUACCCUAAUUCGCAUGGAUUAUCUGGUUCUGGAGGCGCACACUGGAGUUCAUCACACUAUUCGUCGUAUACACCAAGUCGACCCACAUACUAUACGGCGCCACAGUAUGUUUACGUGACACACUAUCGGGAAACUCAAAGCCCGUACAGCGAUCUUUUGACUGGGCUCACAAUGUACAACUUGGGACGCUCUCAUCAUUAUCAUCACCAUUAUUAUAACGAUGACUACCAGAGGAGCGGCAGUUCUGGAGGAUACUACAAUCAGCAUUCAAAUACCGGAUCGGAAUGGCAAAAUAAUAAUGCCGCUGGAACCAAUGAUGAAGCCAAAUGCGUGUUGAAGAUUCAGAAAAACGGAAAAUUAGAAGUGUUAUCGAUUCCAUGUGCUAUAGUGUCUACAUUCGACAAUGGAAACCAUACGUCCAACGAUGCUGCCAGAGAAGCAACCGGAAUUAAAAAUUGUACCAGUGCAGUAAAUAGCAAUUCGGCUUCUGUAAACAACUCUUUGUUUGAAAUUAAUAACACAGUCGUUACCCCUUGUGUUAAUCAAACGGUGAAUAUCACGGAUCCUUUGUCAGUAACCGGAGCACCAAUAGCAGAGGCAACUAACAUGGAAUGCUCAGUAGAAAUCAGAACUAAACAAGACGUGAUACAGAACUCUGUGGAUUGCAACACUCUUCUAAAAUAUGCUAAAAUUGCGGUUCCCGAAGACAAAUCUACCAACGUAUUGCCAACGAGGGAAGCGCUGAAGGCUAUGCUAAACAAACCACCAUGGUGGAUGUCUCUUUUUAUCGUAGUGUAAUUUGCCUUCAGCCAUCCGGGUCAUUCGUCGA